GCGCCGAUCUUUACCACGAGGUUUGGUAUGGCAAACACCGGUAGCGGGUUUGCUCUCGCUCUUCAUUCUGUCGCCUUGUUGGCUCUAUUGUCGCUCUUUUGCCAGACGGGAAAGUGUAAGUUGACUGCAUCUUUAGCGUCUGGCGACCAGGAACGCUUCGCAAAUCUUUUUUCGGCGUCUCAACCUUUCAAGGAUCUGGCGACUGCUCAUUGGGCGGUCAGCGGGUUGCAGUUGUUGGGCAGACAAGUUGGCGAUAAGAAAGCUGCAUGUGCAUACGUCCAAAAGUCUGUUGAUGCAAAGAAUCUCAAGUCAUUGUAUCAUUCAGCUGCUGUUGCUAAUGCAUUAGGGGACUGCAAGCUAUCAGUGACAGACACGACACUGAAGGAAGCGUUACAGAAGAAGGAGUCAGUAGAAAGUCUUUAUUAUGCAGCAUCAGCACAACUUGAUCUUGGGAAUGAAAUCGAUGGAGCUGCUGUUAUCGACGCUCUCUCUUCUGCCACAAACGACGACGACUCUGCUCUGAGUGUCACACGUUCAUGGCUAAUCGCCUCUCGCAUUCCCGGAGACCACUCCCUCUCAUCAUUCAUUGAAGCCAUAGAAGACGUCCUCCAACAAGCAGACGAGUCAACAGAGUCUCUAUGGUUUGAUUCCGGCAUUGAGCUCACAUCUAUGUUCAUCACUGGUGCAUUCGGAUUGGCACAAAAAUUGGGCUCGGCCCCACCUGGAAUAAGUGGAGACAAGUUGGUGAAGUUGGCGAACUAUUUUUUGACUAAUCGGUUUACGAAGUCUGUUUCUGAUGUGUACUUUGUGUUGGCGGCGCUUCACACGUUAGCCACUAACAAGUUUCAAGUGCCGCUGGUCAUUAGCUUGGUGGAAAACCAGCCAAUAACAGCAGAAAAUCCAAGCAUCAGGGUUCGCACAAGUGAUGUGCUUGGACGGGCUGUCGAGGCUGUCACUGUCACUAUGGUGUCAGCCAGUCUGGACGAUGAUGCCGAUCACAUCAACAACAAAGACUUCAAAGCAGUUGACAAUUCGGUUUAUGAGUUUAAUUUUUGGGAGACUGAACCGAAAAGGGGCAUUUAUAAGGCUUUUGUGAGUGCGACUCCCAAUGCUGACAAGUCAAGUCUGAUUGCAGAUAAUGAAAUUAUGCUUGUUUUGAAAGUUGUGGCUCGAGUUACUGUGGGAAGUUGUGAUAUUCAAGUCAUGGACAAAGAUCAGUCAUUGGUGGCCAAGUCAAUAAGAGUCUCAUAUCCUGACACUUCAACUGAACUAUUGGAAGCUGACUACCAUCAAGAGAUUGUCAUGAAAUUCACACUGAAAGACACGAUAACAAACAACCUCAUAACCGCCCAUCAGACGUUUGUGAGAUUGACUCAUGUGGAAACAAAACAAGAGAUAUUCUUUGUUGCUCAAGCUGAUAACAAUGACGAGUAUACGUUUGACUUGGAUGUUGGUAAAGCAGCUUCUGACUCGUUUGGUUAUCUGGGAGGAAAGUAUCAACUUGAUCUGAUCGUUGGUGAUGCUGCUAUUGAAAACUCGUUCUCGUGGUUUGUCACUACAGUCUCUCUCAAGUUUGAGCAAGCUGCAUCCACACCGACUACCAAAGAGAAAUUCAUUGCUCAACCCGAAAUCCAUCACUUAUUCCGUGUACCCGAACCUCGUCCUCCUCGUAUCAUCACGUUGAUCUUUACUGCACUGGUUGUCGCUCCCAUUGUGCUACUCUUGAUUCUAUGGCUUCGUCUUGGAGCGAAUCUGAACGGUUUCUUUCAAUCUGGUUUUUAUGGAUUCUUGUUUGCGAUUGGUCUUGGAGGAAUUCUCUUUCUUCUGUUCGCUUUUUGGCUAACUCUGAAUAUGUUUACUACCUUGAAACUUGUUGCCGUUGUCGGAGCGUUUACCUUCUUGACAGGGCAGCGCCUGCUCAGGAACAUUGCCGAGAGGAAAAGGGCUUGAUGACAGUUAAUGAAGUAGCUGACUGUGAGUGGAAUUCUGUUGCUAUACUAGUUUAAUAUCGGUCAAUAAAUGACCACAAAACAUCUCGA